AUGGUCAGCUAUUUGCUGGACCAUCUCGACCUUGACGAUGUUUGGCAACUGAGUCUCACCUGUCGGCGUCUGAGGUCUCUGGUGACAGAAUCGCACAUAGCAAAACGACUGCUUGAGGUACUGUCUUGCCACACGGUACCCCUAUCUUUUCUUCUAUGGACUAAGCUGACUUCUACGCCUGCGACACAGACAAAAGCACCGGCAGCAACAGAGACUAAAAAUGCCCUCAUUGUCAAGAACUAUGCCCACGAACUUCGACGCUUGUUGAAGCGCCGCCAAUCCAUCUCUUCGGUCACCCCCUACUUGGCUGCUGUCGUUGGCUUUGGCGAGGACUGGAUAUACCAAAAUGGCGUAUUGUGUUACAUCCAACAGGGCCAACUUCGAAUAUUAGACCUCCAUGGGUCCGCAGCCGCUGAGAUCGUUGUCAACAUUCGACUUUUUCUUGACGAAGCGAUUCCAGGAUCUCGCAAUAUACGCAACUAUCGGUUUCGGCCUCUCAACAUUUCGAACAACAUCGUUUCCUGUUUAUAUUACUAUAAGCCGCGCUGCACAACGGGAUGUGACUUUGGUUCUGUCUAUGCGGGUUCGCUCGUCGUCUUCAGUGCUCAGACUCGCAAAGUGCUUACUACGCGACGUCUAGAAAAUUUCGAUCCUAACGGGCUCACGGUACGAAACAACGACGGAUUCUUAUUUCUCAUCGAAAGAUCUCACUAUCAUGAAGGACGAGCGGCAUUAUGGAACUCUUACAACUUUUCAGCCAACGCUUGGCAUGACCAUACUCACUUGCUGCACCUCGACUUUCACUCAUCUGAAAUAGGCAUCACCCAUUGCUUCGAAAUAUUCAACGGUCACGUUUAUUUUCUUUCAAACUAUAGCGAGCUCGAAGAAGAGGAAGGCGAUUGGGUGUCACCUUAUCAUUGCCUAAGAUUUCCUUUCGCUUUCAAUGCUCCGGAAAUACUCGGGCAUGGCCAACUGUUGCGCAGAACACAUCUGGAUGGGCCAAUGGACCAUAGAUGGACGUUCCUGAAGAUGUUCAAAGAUGAGGCAACGGGCAAAACCAAGAUUUUGGAGUCGCGAAAAGAAUGGAUCAAAGGGAGUUCAUCCACGACACGUACUUACUAUACAACCACGAUCAAAUGGCCUGACAAGAAAGAGAGUCAUGGGGUACAUGACUCCCUGGAAAAUGGAUCCUAUCGAAGCAGCACCAGUGGAAACGAUUUCGGUGGAAACAGCACAAGCCCAGGCUACGCGAGUAAUCCAGGCGAUGAGCCUCAACCAGAAGAUGGCACGUCGGGACCUGGCGAAUCGGACUCAAAUCAUCGACGGGUUAACAGGGCACCAAGAAUCCUACCUCCCCGGGACUCUCAAGACAUCCAUCCUGGAGAUGACAGCUCCAAAGGACCGAUAUUCCCUCGCAGUAAAUGCCCGAUCUUGUCAUACCAUCCGUCUUGCCAAACGUUCCUUGAUCUAGUGGACUUAUCGCCGUCGAAUUCGGACAAACUGCAGAUGCGUCUCCGUGGAGGUACACGACAUCGCCGAAGGCCAGAAGAGAUUGAAGAACGGAGCCGUUCUACGGAUGACGAAAGCUCGUUGUCAGUUGCAGAAAAACACUUCAAAAAAGUAUACAAAAUGUAUAAACACGAAGAACCCAUCACUUGGCCACCCGAUCAGGACCCCAACUCCCCUAACACAGCUUUAGCCCAACUCUACGAAAUCCUUAGCCCGCCAAAAUACGCGGGCGAAAUCACUGGCGAUUGGGAUGAGCGUUCGUUUGUGUAUGCUGCGCAAGCGACUGAUGGCAGUAAGGAGAAGGCUCUUGUGUUUAUCUCCUUUGAUCCGUCCAUUUCGCUCGCGGGAACUUUGCCAUACCCAGGUCCAAUGGUCCUUGGUCGACCUCAGCCAACAACCGACAGAAACGCUCCAACAACUACGGACGACAGGUCUGCUGCUCCUAACAGCCAUGACGAUGAACCAAGAAGGGGGAGGCAGCUGGAAAGAGCAGGGCACACUGCAAGGGAAAGGCAGGCAGUGAGGAGGAGGCACGUGUCAACGGCAAGGAAUGCACCGGCAGAGGCAACACAGGUGCGUAGCACUAAGACAGACGCUAUCUGGUGCACUAUUGAACCAGCACAGUAUCAAACCAUUAAAAAAGGAUUUCAUUUCUGCGUCUGA